UUUCUUUUUGUGUGUGAGUCUGUUUUAAUCUGGCGAAAGGCGCAUUGAGUAAAGGAAUUGAUGCAGCAAAAUAUUUUGCUUGAUCCCAAUAUUCGCGACUGGGUACUACUACCCCUCAUCGCGAUCGUUAUCUUUCUAGGAAUUUUGAGGCACUAUGCCACUCUCCUUUUCACGUCCCAACCUAAUAUUAACAUGACAGCAGUGUGCAAUACUAAUAUAGCGAACUACGCGCGUUUGCUGAUCCAUUCUGGAAAUAACCUUUCACCAGUGGCCUACAAAAAGCGUGUGGAGGAGUUGAUGAAUCACGAUCUGAAAAAAAAAGUGUCCCCGCCAAACCCCAUGGAGAUGAUGAACGACCCCAACAUGAUGAUGGGUCUCUUGAAAAACCAGUUUAUGACCUUAGUGCCGAACAUGGGUAUGAUGAUGCUGGUUUCGAACUUUUUUACUGGGUUUGUCGUUGCCAAACUUCCCUUUCCACUCUACCAGCGGUUUCGCGGCAUGAUGCAGCGCGGGCUGGAUAUUGAUGACCUAGACUGCACUUACGUCACGUCGUUGAGUAUGUAUUUUCUCAUUAUGUUUGGAAGCCAGGGAAUUUUGCAGCUCUUGCUCGGCCAAGAUGCCACGAUGAAUGACCAAACCUACAUGAUGCAACAAGUCCAGGGAGGUAGCACACCCGGGCAGCCUGUUGACUAUUCCAAGGUUUUUAAACAGAUCUCCGAAGAGUUGGAGUUCAUGAAAGAUCGUCACAAGUGGAGUUAUGCUAAUGCGCCAGAUACACUUCUGAAGGAAUGGCGAGCCGUUAAAAGACAGGCGAAUAGGAAGAAUUGGAAUAAAUAGAAGCGUGUGUCAAGUUCUUUUUUUUCCAUUUUUUGAAAAUACUAAAUUAUUAAAUCGUUGUUUUUUUUUGAGUGCCGAAAAAUCAGUAGUUUAGUCGGUUUGUUGUUCGAAUUUUCUACUUCCCAUUUUCACGAAACCUUUAUUUAACAA